UUGAAUUAUUUGGAGUCGUUCUUUGUAAGGCUUCUUUGCGAACUCUCUGCAUUCAGCUAGGCUGUGUGGCCUUUGAUGAAUGGGACAGGAUAUGGUGUUGUUGCUGACUGGUUGAGCAGAAGUUGCAGAAGUUGCGUCUGUCAUCUUGACACUCAGGUUCCUUCUAAGAUCUUUGCCCUGGGCUUUGUCUUCUUUGGAGGUCUUCUCGCUUUGUACCAAGACCUAAAGCCUGAAAAGACCUCCAAAGAAGACAAAGCCCAGGGCAAAGAUCUUAGAAGGAACCUGAGUGUCAAGAUGACAGACGCAACUCCUGCAGCUUCUGCUCAACCAGUCAGCAACAACACCAUAUCCUGUCCCAUUCAUCAAAGGCCACACAGCCUAGCUGAAUGCAGAGAGUUCGCAAAGAAGCCUUACAAAGAACGACUCCAAAUAGUUCAAAAGGCCAAGGUGUGCUUUAGAUGCUGCGGCGCCACUAUUCACUUCUCCAAAGACUGCAAAGAAAAGGUUAAAUGCCAACACUGCAACAGCAUCAAGCAUUGCUCUGCAAUGCACAACUUCGAUUCCCCUCAAUUCAAAGCAAAGUCAAAUUCUCCUACCAAAGAAGAAACCAAAGAAAACCAAAAGCCUACAGAACCUCAGGUAGCCCUCAAGGCUCCUGCGGUUGCCUGCACCAAGCUUUGUCAAAAUAGCCACAAGCCCAGGAUUUGCCACCCAAUCUGCCUGGCAGAGGUGUAUCCAGACAAGCAGCCGUGGGAUAAGAAAAGGGUCUACGUCACCUUGGAUGCCCAAAGUGACGCAUCUCUUGCAACCCCAGAGUUCUUCGACAUGUUCGACCUUCAUACAGAGACAAUAGAAUACACCAUAUCCACUUGUUCUGGAAAGAAUAAGAUGAAUGGCAGAGUUGCAACAAAGUUCAAAAUCUCGCCUGUCGGACAAAAGGUCAGAUACGAUCUUCCUGACCUUAUAGAAUGCAGCCUGAUUCCCAGGAACAAAGAACAGAUAGCCACGAAGGAGGUGGUACAAGCCCAUCCUCAUCUCAAAGGUAUUCAAGACCUAAUUCCAGCUUUGGACUUAGAAACAGACAUCGUAAUGCUUAUCGGUGCAAAUUGUCCUACACUGUUCCGUGUUAGCAACCAGAUUGAAGGUCCUAAGGGAUCACCCAUGGCCCAGCAGUUGCCUUUAGGAUGGACGGUGUUAGGCCCAGUCUGCCUGAACAAGAUGUUCCAGCCUGUCACUAAAAGGCCUUCACUAAUGCAAGGAUGUGCCAGCCACAUCUCAGUUUGCUGCCAGGGAGUAAUGCCCGAUUACUCUUCCAUCUUUGAAGUCACAGAGAGAGAUGAGCAAACAGCCUUCUCUAAAAAUGAACAGAAGUUCCUUGAGAUGAUGAACAGCCAAGUCACUCAAGUCUCUGAAGGUAAUUGGAUAGCACCUUUACCUUUCAAGCUGGAAAGACCAUCUCUACCCAACAACAGAGAUGUUGCCCUUCAUCGUCUCCUGUCCUUAAGAAGAAGGACGCUAAAGGAUCCGAAGGUAAAGACCCAGAUCACCCAGUUUGUGGAAGACCUCUUCAGAAGCAACUACGCUGAACCAGCCAGCGUGUGUGCAGAGGGAGAAGAGCAGUGGCAUUACAUAUCCACUUCAGAAAAUCCGGCAGAUGUGACGUCCCGAGGAACAUCAGCCGCAAAGUUGUCCAAGUCAUCCUGGAUCACUGGACCCAAAUGUCUUCAAAAUCCUUCCUUUCCAGAAAGCAUCUCCGUGCUCAAAGACACUGAGUUGCCAGAAAUUCAGUCCUGCAAAUCUACCAUCGAUGGCCAAGACUUAUCAAGACAAGGUUUAAAUCCAGCCAAGUUUGAAAGAUUUUCAAAAUGGACUAGACUUCAGGCAGCCAUUGCCAGGCUCAUACAUUACAUCACUACAAAAAACAGUGGUGCAAUUCAGCCCCAAGAUCUUUCGAAAGCCUCAACGGUCAUCCUGAGAUCCACUCAAAGACAGUGUUUUUCAGAAGAAAUAGCUUGUCUAGAAAGAAAAGCAUCCUUGCCCAAAAAUAGUUGUUUAAAGGACUUGAACCCCUUCCUGGACAAUGAGGGUCUCCUUAGGGUUGGAGGUAGACUAAAAAGAGCAAAGAUUAGAUCCUGUGUUAAAAAUCCUUUUAUUUUGCCACACCAUAGCCACAUAGCUCUGCUGUUGACACAGCAUUUCCACACAAAAGUCAAACACCAAGGAAGGUCAAUUACUCAGUCUGCCCUAAGAAACUAUGGGUUUUGGUUUGUUAAUGAUCGUAAAGGUUGGGGAUUUGGUGUUACUUAAACAAAGAUGCUCCUAGAUACCAAUGGGCUAAGGGUAUUGUGUCAAAAUUAUAUCCUAGCUCUGACAAUAGAGUGCAUAAGGCCCAGGUUAAGGUCAUCUCUAACGAAAAGGUUUCUUUGUUUGACAGGCCUAUUAGCGACAUGGUUGUGUUAUUUUCAGAAGACAUACAGUCUAAAGUUAUAAGAGUUAAAGGUAUUUAACUCCAUUUUGUUUAGAUUUCCGAAAGUCCGGAAAUCUAGGCCGGGAGUGUGACGGCGCGAGUGGCGCCAUCUAUAUGUCAAACUAUAAGUUUCAAGAUUUGAAUUGUUGUAUCAUGUCUGAUUUUGCCCUUACCCUGUAAAUGUAGUUGGAUUGGUUAUUUAUAUCUGUCAAUCAAUGUUGUUUGUACCUGUUAUAUUGCUCACUCAGCUAAACUGUUUGGCUCCACCUCUUCCUGGAGUAGGACUGUGUUUCCUCCUUUUCAUUCCAUCAGCAAGUUCUCUAUCGGAUGGACGUGAAAGAGAGGCUUGGCUCAAAAAGCCCUUCAAAAGUUACCUCUCAGCACCAAUUCUGAGGUUCUUACCCUUGGGACUCACACUUCAUGUUCAGGGCCAACCUGAACAACGUUGAGGAGUCUCAAGCGCCUUCACAUCAGUCCUUUGGCAACAGAGGAAGACUCUUGUCUUCAGAUAUAGGUCAUUGGACUGAGGCUGAGUUUGCUCCGGCAUUCACAGCCAGAGAAAGAGGGAUCUGGACAAGCUUCAUGGACUUAAACAAUCAAAGACUGUAAUGUAUAUUUUCUUUUACCCCCUUUGUGAAGAAUAAACCCAGUUUUUGAGUUAA